CGCGGCAGCCGGGAGCUGGCCGGGGCGGCCGCGGGGUUUGGAUACUCGGAGGUUUGGGAGACUCCGGGCUGCUCGGGAGUGGUAGGGCCACUCGGGACUCCGCGGAGACGAUGGCAAAGGAAGAAGGAUCAUCUGUAGAACCCCGGCAAAGGAAAAAGCAAAGAACUUCAGGAAGUCAGGAAGCCAAAGCAGAGAAGAUCCGCAGAACCCCAGCUCCUGAAAGAGCUCCAAAAUAUGUAUCAUUUCAACGUUUUGCAAAGAUCGUCAUUGGCUGUCUCGCAGCCGUUAUUAGUGGUAUGAUGCAUGUUUUCUACUUGUCAGCUUACCAUGAACGGAAAUUCUGGUUUUCCAACAGGCAGGAGCUCGAGCGAGAGAUCACCUUCCAGGGAGACAGCGCUAUUUACUACUCCUACUAUAAAGACAUGCUGAAGGCGCCGUCAUUCGAGAGAGGUGUGUAUGAGCUGACGCACAAUAACAAAACCGUCUCCCUGAAGACUAUCAACGCCAUGCAGCGGAUGGCUUUGUAUCCAGAGCUUAUUGCCAGUGUGCUCUAUCAAGCAACUGGCAGCAACGAAGUGAUUGAGCCCGUGUAUUUCUACAUUGGCAUUGUGUUUGGACUACAAGGAAUGUAUGUCACGGCUCUAUUUGUUACAAGUUGGCUUAUGAGUGGCACGUGGCUAGCAGGAAUGCUUACUGUUGCGUGGUUCCUAAUUAACAGGGUGGACACAACAAGAAUCGAGUACUCCAUUCCUUUAAGAGAAAACUGGGCUCUACCGUAUUUUGCAUGCCAAGUUGCUGCACUUACAGGCUAUUUAAAAAGAAAUCUAAAUACUUAUGCAGAGAGGUUUUGCUACCUGUUGCUGAGUACCUCGACGUACACUUUCAUGAUGGUGUGGGAGUACAGCCACUACGUCUUGUUUCUUCAGGCAGUAUCCCUGCUGCUGCUAGAUAUCUUCUCAGUGGAACAAAGUGACAAGGUUUAUGAAGUAUAUAAAGUCUACAUAUUUUCUCUCUUCCUUGGGUAUUUACUACAGUUUGAGAAUCCAGCUUUAUUGGUGUCUCCUUUAUUAAGUUUAGUAGGAGCGUUCAUGCUUGUUAAGUGCCUUCAGCUGAAUGGGAAAAAAGGAACUUUUGUGGCUAAAGUAAUCAAAGUGUUUGAGUUUUACUUGUUAUGUACCCUGCCGGUGACCUUGAAUCUUAUAGUGAAGAUGUUUGUUCCACACAAAGAAAAUGAGCAUGUGCUGAAAUUUCUUGAAGUCAAAUUUGGACUAAAUAUGACUAAGAAUUUUACAUUGAACUGGCUCCUUUGUCAAGAAUCUCUCCAGGCACCAUCCCAGGAUUUUUUUUUCCGAUUGACCCAAUCUUCCCUAUUGCCAUUCUAUGUUUUAGUGUUAAUUAUUUGUCUUCUUUCUAUGACACAAGUCUUUUUUAGGCGGAUGAGUGGCAAGUCUAAGAAAGAAACUGUAACUCUUGAAGAUGGGAGAAUUGGAGAAAGGCCAGAAAUAAUUUAUCAUGUAAUUCACACUCUGUUGCUGGGCUCUCUUGCAAUGCUUAUGGAAGGCUUGAAAUUCAUUUGGACUCCUUACGUGUGCAUGUUGGCAGCAUUUGGUGUAUGUUCCCCCGAACUUUGGAUGACACUUUUAAAGUGGCUUCGAUUAAGAACUGUACACCCAAUGUUGUUGGCUCUUAUUCUGAGCAUGGCGGUACCCACUAUUAUAGGUCUUAGUUUGUGGAAAGAGUUUUUUCCACGAUUAAUUACAGAAUUAACAGAACUACAGGAAUUCUAUGAUCCAGAUACAGUGGAACUUAUGACCUGGAUAAAGAGGCAAGCUCCAGUUGCAGCUGUGUUCGCAGGAAGCCCACAGUUGAUGGCUGUGAUUAAGCUGUGUACUGGGUGGACAGUGACAAGCCUGCCACUGUACAGCGAUGACGACCUUCUCCAGAGAAAUGAAAACAUUUACCAAAUCUAUUCAAAGCGAUCUGCUGAGGAUAUUUAUAAAAUCCUGACAUCUUAUAAAGCUAACUACCUAAUUGUAGAAGAUGCCAUCUGCAAUGAGAUGGGAACCACGAGAGGCUGUCGGGUUAAAGACUUACUAGAUAUUGCAAAUGGACAUGUGGUUUUCGAAGAAGGUGACAAAUUAACCUAUUCAAAAUAUGGACGAUUUUGUCAUGAGGUCAAAAUUAACUACUCUCCAUAUGUGAAUUACUUCACUAGAGUAUACUGGAACAGAUCCUACUUUGUGUAUAAAGUCAACACUGUGAUUUCCUUCCAAUCUUGAAAAACAACAGAGCCUUCAUUUCAGAGACAUGUUGCUUGAAGUCAAGUGCAGUUUUCUUGAGCCUGCACGGUUUCUCACAGAUAGAGUGUGGGCAUCUGAAACGCUGCUGCUCUUCCUGCGCCUGCUGAUUCCUGGGUUUAGAGAUUCCUUGGCAGUAGAUGAUGAGAUGUUGAUGUCGUCCAGUCCACCACUGUGUCUUUCUGACAGCUUUCUUCCUUAGUACAUGACGUAAAGCUUUCCCUGUAGUGUCACCUCAUAAAUCUUACUCCAGAAUAUCAGUCUUUAUUUGAAUAUUUUCCAAGGUCAGUGUUUACUUCAAAAACAUAAUUUUCAAUUAAGUACUUAAUGUGAUUUAAUUCUAUGAUACAAGAGAAAAUUCUCCAAGGAAGUUUGUAACAGAUGUAAUUAUUUUACAAUAUUUUAAGAAUAAUUGAAAUGUUAGUUAAAAAUAUGUGACAUUUAAAUUAAAAUGGAAAAAAUAUAAAGGAAAGUUGAUUGUUUUUAUGAUGCUGUUGCUGUCAUCUGCUGCUCAGGUGAGCGAGCACAUCCUUAGGGGAACAGGACGAGCCCAUACGUUUAAUUGUUUCACGGCUAUUAAGUGAUUGCCUUUUCUCACUUAUGCCCACUAAGUUGAUAACAGUUUAAUCAUGCUCAGACAGCAACUCCUGUUAAUAGACACAUACGUGCCUAUGUAAAUGGACAUUUAAAAUAAUUUUAUACAAUCUAGCCACAUUUUCUCUGGACAUAUUAACACUGUCACAACAAUAAUGUGUGCACUAGCGUGCAGCAGUUUCUGGAGAUGUGUGCAGGUGCUUUUCAAUGUAAGAGCAAACAGAGAGUUGAGUUAACUUCUCCACAGUUCAGAGUGUAAAUGCUAUAAAUGCUAUGUUCCCUCGUGUAUUUUCAUGUUUGUGUCAUUAAAGGAAAUUGUAAACCAGUGUGGUACCUCACGCCUUUAAUCCCAGCACUUUCGAGGCAGAGGCAGGUGAAUCUCUAUGAGUUUGAGGCCAGCCUAGCCUACAUAGUGAGUUCCAGGACAGCACACAAAGCAAUAUAGGUAAGACCCUGGGUUUUUUGGGGGGGUAGGGAAGAAAUUCUAAAUUAAUAUGGCCUCAUAAAGAGAUUCAGGAUAGAUAAAAGCCUGUAGAGAAAUGGUUUUAAUACGAUGCAUAUUUAAUUUUACAUGAUAAAAUUGUUUUGUGAACAGGUUCUAUAAUUUUAUUUUAUUAGAAUGCUAUA